AUGGGCGCGACCAACAAAUACUCAAUCAUCCUCCCCACCUACAAUGAGCGGAGGAACCUCCCUAUCAUCGUUUGGUUGAUCCAAAGGACUUUCAACGAGGAGAAGCUGGAUUGGGAGGUUAUUGUCGUCGAUGACGGGUCCCCUGACGGCACCCUCGAGAUCGCAAAGCAGCUCCAGAAGCUCUAUGGCCCCGAACACAUUGUCCUCAAGCCUCGCGAGGGAAAGCUUGGCCUCGGAACCGCCUACGUGCACGGCCUGAAAUACGUUACCGGCAACUAUGUUAUCAUCAUGGACGCCGAUUUCAGCCACCACCCCAAAUUUAUUCCCGAGAUGAUCAGAAUCCAAAAAGAGACCGACGCCGACAUUGUGACUGGAACCCGGUACGCGAACCGCGGAGAUAUCAAGGGCGGUGUCUAUGGUUGGGACUUGUUCCGCAAGUUCACUUCGCGCACUGCCAACUUGAUCGCGGAUGUCAUGUUGAUGCCCGGCGUGAGUGACUUGACUGGUAGUUUCCGUCUGUACAAGAAGUCCGUGCUGGAGAAGGUCAUCCUCAACACUGAGAGCAAGGGCUACAGCUUCCAGAUGGAAAUGAUGGUCCGUGCCAAGGCAAUGGGCUACAAGGUCUCCGAGUGUCCCAUCACCUUCGUCGACCGCCUGUACGGCGAAAGCAAGCUCGGUGGCUCGGAGAUUGUCGAGUACCUCAAGGGUGUGUUGAGCCUGUGGCUCAAGGUUUAA